AUGUCGAAGAAGUCCGUCUUGAUCAUCGGCUGCAGCAACGAUGGCAUCGGCUACGGGCUUGCCGUGCACUUCCAGCGCCGCGGGUUUCGGGUCUUCGCGACCGCGCGCAGCCUCUCCAAGAUGUCGAACCUAGAGGGUCUGGCUGAUGUCACCUUCCUAGAGCUGGACAUCUGUGACCAGACAAAAGUCAAAGCGGCUGUUGACCAAGUGACCCAGGAGACCGGUGGUGAGCUCGACUACCUUGUCAACAACGCCGGCAUCAACCACUCUAUGCCUCUACUGGACGAGGACAUCUCAACCGCCAAGCAUAUCUUCGAGACCAAAGUCUGGGGUCAGCUCGCUGUCACCCUGGCGCUCGCACCACUGCUUAUCAAAGCUCGCGGUGCGGUGGUCUUCAUCACGUUCAUUGCUGGACAUGUCAAUGUGCCGUACAUGGAUGAGCGAUCUCCCAAUCAUAGAGAUACAACAGGAAUAUACGCCGCAUCCAAGCGAUUGCUCGAGAUUAUGGCGGAGACGCUGCGCCUGGAGCUGGCGCCCUUCCAGGUGCGCGUCCUGUCCAUCGUCACGGGGGGCGUGCAGACGCUGGGACAGUCGCAUUUCGACGAGUUUGCUUUGCCCGAGGGAGCUAUGUACAAGUCUAUAGAGGAUACCAUCGCGAAACGAGCGCGUGGGGAGGAUGGAAAGCAGAGAUCGAGCCUGCGGGGGCACGCUGAGCAGGUCGUCACGGCCAUUGUCGCGGGUACGGCGGGCCAAUUUUGGUGUGGCCAGGGUGCAGGCGCUACCAAGUUCGCUUCCACGUACCUGCCGACAUCUUGGAUGGGAAGUUUGUCAGAAGUCUAG